AGUAGUUUUCUAUUAUGAAGUGAAUGAGUCAUCUGGGGGAGGGUGAGAUUGGACCAGUCGCUGUCCGGUGGAGCCAGUCACAGCCCGGGGUCUAAACUUGGAUAGGGAGGGUCUUCAAUCAGCUGUCGUGUGUCGCCGAGCACUUUCUGGACUUUCUAGACCGGUAAAUCACAUAUAAACCAGUGGAAAGAGCACUUAAAUCGUCAGUAAACUUCUAGAACUCCUACAUGAGCACAGUGGUACAAGUAAACUUAGGUGCGUAAUCACGCGCCUGGAGACUUGCGGCAAGUUUUUGAAACGGAAUUAGUUUUGCGCUGUUUUUAAUAACUUAUAUUCGUACUUCUGACAGGAACGCGACGUUUUGAACAAGAAACGUUAUCUAAAUUCACUUUUUUCCCCCAAGUUUCACCAUGGCAGAAGGGGAUUACUACACUAUGGGCAACCGACAGAGGAUUCCGCGGGAUCCGUUCCGGGAACAGUCGCUCGCAUCUCGAUUUAUGGACGAUGACUUUGGACUGCCACCUUUUCACGACGAAUUAUCAAUGGACUGGCUCGGCUGGGCACGACCUCGACUGAGCACCCGCCUGGACGCGCCGUGGACGGGCUCGUUGCGCACGGGCUUCCCGCGGACGAGCAUGGGCUCACCUCAGGGCUUCAGUUCCAGGUACAGCGAGAGCCCGCGCCGAUCCAGCGCGCCCCCGACCAACCCAGACGAGCCGUGGAAAGUGUGCGUGAACGUGCACAGCUUCAAACCUGAGGAGCUUAAUGUCAAAACUAAAGACGGUUUUGUAGAGGUGUCAGGGAAGCAUGAGGAAAAGCAAGACGAGGGCGGAAUUGUUACCAAAAACUUCACGAAGAAAAUUCAAAUCCCAUCCGAUGUGGACCCUCUCACUGUGUUCGCCUCUCUGUCUCCGGAAGGGGUUCUCAUCAUUGAAGCUCGGCAGACCCCUCCGUACUACCUUUACAGCAACGAAAUGCCUGCAGAAUCCGUAGAAGAACCCGAGGCCAGACCUCAGGAACCCAGCAUGGCUUCAGCCUAAGCCAGGGAGUGAAUAUGGGCUUACACACCCAUGGUAUUUAUUCCAAGCCAGUGCCAAAAUCUAGUUUUAUCAGUUUCAUAAAUUUACUUAAACCAAAAGUCAUUAAUCUGCUAGUGAGUAGUCCAUAAAUCAAAUGUCACUCUACAUGGUACAAGGUUGGAUCAAAUACCAAUAGCUUUCAAUUACGUAAAUUCAAUUAUGUCAAUGAAGAAAAAUUAAUGUGAUAGAGCUACCAGUCAAGUGACAAGGGAAAGGUACGAAAUGGGAUGAGACCAGGCCGAAUUUCUGUAGUAUCGAGUCUAUGGUCAUAAACAUGCUCUACCCAAGUACCUUGAUGCGAAAGCAUUGGUAAACAUUGUAAUGGCAAGUCUCAAACCUCAAGGG